AUGAAGCGCCCAAUUGGCGCUUGCCGAUGCUCACGUAAACUCCUGUUCGUCGUUGGCCCUGUCGAGCGCGGUUCGACUCUUAUGGCGCCAAUACGCGAUAAAUUCACCAUUCACUCUAAGGCUGUGGUUUGCCAGGAUGUUGACUUGAAAGGCGACAUAACUAUCGGCGCUGGUACCAUCGUACACCCGAAAGCUACUAUCUUUGCUAUUGGUGGUCCCAUAGUCAUUGGGAUGAACUGCAUCAUUGAAGAGAGUGCAAUUAUCGUCAACAGACGCAAACAAGUCAUGCGCAUAGGGGACGAUAAUCUAUUCGAAAUUGGUUGUCGCGUGGAAUGCCCUAGUACAGGGAACUACAAUACAGUAUCUACUCGCGCACGCGUCCAUCAUACAGUCCGACUCUCUUCAUACUGCGUGAUCGGCGCAGGAUGCCUCGUCGCACCGUCAGAAGACGAGAUAAUUGACGAUUACACGACAAUCUACGGGCCCGACGCGCAGAGGCGUGUAUGGAGUGGAAGGGGGAAGGUACAGGAAGCAGAUCUAAGGAAGAAACACGUUGAGUACCUACGAGAUACACUGCCAAAGUUCAAUCGACUCAGGAGAGGCGAGGCGACAUGA